ACGAAGACAGUCUUAACAUAAACCCACUCAUGUUUACUUCACGGAAGUAUUCAUGGCGACAAAUCACCUGUUGGCCGUCAAGCAGGUGAAUUCGCGACGAAACCCUCACUGCAGCGAGCCGCUUGUGUAUUGUGGAGGUACGUGCGUUAUGAUUGAAAACCCCGCUGACCAAUCAUACUGACGUGUCCUGACCAGCGCGUGGUAUGCUAAGUACCCUCGACCAAUGAAAAGGCGUUAAGCUUUCUGCAUGGGAUUAAUUCGUUUUAGGUACCGUGACUACGAUGACCGCACGAUACAGUAGACGAGUAUUUCUGCAUUCAUCGGGUUCGGAAUUAACUCGUGUGUAGUUUGUUUGUGGGCCUUGUGACAAGGAACCUCGAUCGGAGCCGUGCGGGUUGUUUCAGCGGGAACAAGACAUUACAAGACACACGCUUGUGUUAUAGUCAAGAUUACAGGCGGUAUUGGGAGGAAUAUUUACACUAGAAGAAAACAAAUCCUGGAAAAAUCUCCUAAUUGAUUCCGUUUUUCUCGGAGUGAGUGCACGCGGGGAAAAUGGUGUCGUAUGGUGUUAGCUGAACGGCUGGGUUAUUUGAGAAAAGAAAACGAAUUAAUAACCUCGUUUCACUGAAAGUUCUUCCUCACACAAGCCUUUUAACAUUUCAUCCAAAAAUGUGUUUCGAAAGGUUGAGAAAGAGAACGUUUCUACAUAUAUGUCUACAAGUGGCGCUUCAUUUUCAUCUUGUGUCGUCUGUGUUCAAUAAGGACAAAUACACGCUGGGAGCAGACGACAAUCACGACUUUCGACUCAAGCGCUGGGCGGAUGCUGCUUAUCAUUAUAUUCACAAUCUAAACUGUGCCGUGGUCUUCUUCACGACUGCAAGAGAAUGUCGUCAGUUAGUAGCUAUCCCCAAAUCUGCUAUGAACGUGUAUGUGGCUGCCCCAACACCAUACGGCAAAUACCGCGCCAACUUGCCAGACGAAAGUUUAACAAGGUCCUCUUCCCACGAAGCCGUGCUGGUUGUCGACCCAUACCCAGCCGCAAACUUUGGACACCUUGUGGUGGCAUUCUAUGUGGAUGGGGGGAUUUCUAGAAACCUUUGUGAAAAAUCCGGUGGAACAUAUCUCCAUGAUAAAGGAGAGUGCAUAAGAUUAGCCUUAAGGCGGAGGUGCAAGAAUGCCUUAGAAAGACGUUCAAGAAGACGCAACUUUGCAAGACGGUGUGAGAUUAACUUCCUUCCCGUGGUGCAUCGGGCCAAUAACCAAGAUGGCGGACAUUACAUGGCGACACGUCACAAUCAUUUAAGAUGUUACUCUGGCCUUGCAGGCUUUGGUAGAUGUCCAGAGUUGAGAUUACUGAACGAGACCACGGGUUUAAUCUGCAACCAUAUCCGUGACAAUACCAGGAGAUGUUCCACAACACAUGAAACGGUGAAGAGCAGUUGUCGACCCUUGGAAAUUUGUGACCAGGCGGUGAUUUUGUCAGGGGGCUGGAAUAGACAAAGCACCGGUAAAAGGCAUAAAAUGAACGUUGAACUGGUUUUUAAAAUGCUCAGAAAUAAUGGAUUUAAGAGAAGAAAUAUUAAAGUGUUUUUUGCCAAUGGAUCACCAUCUUUACAAAUUCCUGGUGACCCCCCGCAACGGGUACAUCCGGCGGCCAUGAAACACGCCUUCCGCUACCACAUUCGCAAGAUGUGCAUGUCUCGUCACUGCGUCGACUCUCUCGUCAUCUACAUGAACAACCCAGCACGGAACGAUGGCACGUCGUAUCUGUGGGACGUCAACAACGAUGGUUUGGCUGACGGCAACGAGCGGUACACAGUCGGCGAACUGAAGGAAGAUCUGGCCGACUGUGCAGCAAAGAGCGUGCAUCUCAUCGUCGAUCAAAGCUACUCGGGAGAAAUCGCCUACGCGCUUCGUAAAUCUCCGGAACACCGAAACGUAAUCGUAUUCACCAGUGGGCGUGGUAAUGAAUAUUCAUUUGAUGACGAAUAUACCAGGCACUGGACCGGAAGUAAUCACACCCGGAUGUGCACAGCUGAUGUCCACCAGCAAAGCCGUAACGCUGUCAAACACUCGUCCCCUCAACUCGGCGAGGGACGCCACAAUCAGGUCCGGACCACAAUCUUUGGUGCCCCCUGCAACGUCAGGCCGCCAUUUACGCCACGCGAACUACGCCGAGAUUUCUAUGGAUGCCAGAACGUGCCAACAGCAGUUUGGCUCAUGCAGGUUUUACGUGCUGGAAAUGACGACUCCAAGAAUGAUUAUGACUAUGAUGAUGAUUAUGAUGAACACGGUGGAUUUAACAGGAUGGGCUGAGAAGAAAUGAUUGGAGAUAAUUGAAUGUCUCGCUUCGUUGAAUGGUGGUCAGCGGGUGACGAUCAGAAUAGAUAGAUUUGAGAAUUGCGAGAACGAGAAAGAACGGUUGAGUCUUGUGCUCGGGGUAAAGCCUUUGUUUUCCAAAAGAUGACAUGGGAACUUCCUACCCGACCAAGCGGUUUACGUUUGUAAGAAUAAGAUUAUCUGGAGACGUUUUGUGUGGGUUACUUCUUAUAAACCUUGCACUGAUACUGAAUAUCGUUAAACACUUCGUUUUGCGAUCAAGUUCGUUAACCACACAACGAUUUCGAAUAUUUCAAUGAUAACAUUCGUCACCCGAUAGGAUGCGCAUGUGGUGAAGUGGUGCAAGGAGGACUGCGGUGUGAAGAGUUCAGUGUUCAGGGGAGAUUACCCCAACAAGUUUGAUUUUGUCCUAUAUCAUACAUGGGUCAUUUUAUAAAACGAGAGCUUGUUCAGUGGCGAUCAACGGAGUUGUUGAUUUGUGCUGUUUUUUAUUGGGGAUUCUCCCGACUUGUCUCCAGGUUUACUCCUCUGUGACGUCAUCAGGUCACGGGUCACUGUCUCGGUAUAAUCCGGAUCACGAGGAAAAUAAAUAUUCAUUCAAAUUGGUGUACAUGUAUAUGAUUUUACUCUUCUAUGAGAACUGUUUCUGGAUUGCGACGAUUGUUUUCGUGGUCUGUUCACGUCCAACGUGUGUCAUGUUUCGUUUCUCCACUUUGGUUAUAAUGGUUGCCUCUUCGCUGAUUCAAGGUCAAGCUUCACUGGACUUUUUCCACAAAGCGAUCUUACGACGAUCGUAUCUCCCAUACCUAAACAUAGAUUUACGACAAAAUUAGCACUAAGGUCGCUUUGUGGAACGGGGACGUGCACGUUACACGAUGGCUGCUGUACUUAAACGCUUGUAAAAUGUCCAAGGAUCAGUUUUACAAAGCGAUAAUAAUGUAUUAUUUAAAAGUAUGAAACUUAAGACCGUCUUACCGCUAAGAUCGCUUUG